UCAUCAUCAAAGAGUGCCUUUAGUUAUCUUAGUGUGUGGGACUGCCUGUGUUGGUAAAUCUACCAUUGCAACACAGCUUGCUCAGAGACUGAAUUUGCCAAAUGUCUUCUAGUUGUGAAAUAUCACAAUGAGCUAGAAUCUCAUGCAAAAUUUACUAUUAGUCCAGUCCUGUUUGGGCACGAGACUAUAGUUCAUCCGAGGAACUGAUUACAGAAUUUUGUAGAGAAUGCAGAAUUGUUCGUAAAGCUUGCUUUUUAUCAGGGGCCAAGUUUCUCUCUUGCUCUCAAAAACAAAAUGGUAAGCUUCAUGACGUACGUCAUUAUGUGUCCCUAAUACAUGUUCAUAUUUUUUAACAUUUUUGUCUAACCUUCCAACUUUUUAGUACAAACGUGGAGGUCACAUGCGUCGCGGUAUAGCUUCACAAAGAAGACCAGGCCCUUCCCCUUCCUCGUCCUCGUCCCCGUCCCUUUCCUCUUCCCUUACUCUUUCAUCUAACCCUCAACCAGUACAUGCUGAUGAUGGACACAAUGGCCCUUCCUCCGACCCUCAAAUGCGAACUGAAUUUACUUCAGUUCCAUUGCCUUCGGUUCCACCUUCUUCUUCAAUGCAACACUCAAAUGAUGAAGAAGAUAGCCGAUUCAUGAUAUCCCCAUUGGGAGAUUCGUAAGUACUUCAUUUUUUUAAGUAUAUGUAUAUUAUUUUAUUAUGGAUGUCAACCGAAUUGUCCGUAUGCUUCAUUAUCCAUAUCGUUAUAACCCGUUUGCAGAUUCACGGAUGCUACGUAUGCUGUGAGGAAACUUAAUAAAAUAAUCAAUAACUGUUGGAUGGGGCAAUAUAGUAGUUGGACCACCGCUCCAAAAGAAGUAAAGGAAUUAUGGUGGAAUGAGUUCAAGCGGAAGUUCAGGUGGGAUGAAGCGGAAGAGAAAGAAGUUAGAAGAAUUUUUAAGAAGAAAGCCGGUGAUCACAUGCGAAAUGUGAUGAAUAGAGCAAGGAGAAGUCAAGAAAAGCCGGAUUUUAUUACAGCUGAUAAUUGGGCGGAAAUUAAGAGAACUUGGGACACCGAAAAGUAUAAGCAAAUCAGUGAAAUAAAUAAGAAGAAUCGAGCUUCUAGUUCUAGUGAAGGGUCUGCCACAUAUGCUGAGGGCUCUAUCAACAUUGGGGAGCAUAGAAAAAGAAUGGCAGAUGAAUUGGGGACGGAACUGACAUUUAUAGCUAUAUUUGAACGCACAUUUGAGAAAAAAGAUAAGACAUGGACUGGCAAUUGAGCAAAAGCUAUUAAGGUAUGUAAGGUUAUAUUUUG